UCAGCAUGCCAGGUCGAGGUCAUAAGAGGUCACUCCGACCCAAACCCUAGCAAAUCGUCAUUCGCACUUCUAGAACAUUGCUUUUCGCGGGAGAAUCGCUAUGGAGUGUUUGCGGGACAACAAAAUAUCACGUUGAUUGUUUGUCUCGUCCCCGAAAUCCCGCAGACUCAAGUUUAAGACCAACUUAAGGACAUUUUAAUUUGACAAGUGGUAGAGAAAUCGCAGAUAUGAUGGAGAUACCAGGGACUGGCAUGGAGUGGGAGUAUUCAGAUGACGAUGGGGAAGAAAUGGAGCAAGAUGCGCCCGUGGAGAAAAAGGUGAGCGUCCACGCCUGUAACACAUGGAACGAGCUGAGAAAAAACGGGCAGCUGUGCGACGUGAGACUGCGGGUGGAGGGAGUGGAGUUCCCGGCACACAGGACCAUCCUGGCCGGCUGCAGUCAGUACUUCAGAGCUUUGUUCACCAACGGAUGCACAGAAUCAGCCAUGUCAGUCAUCGACAUUCCAGGUAUCUCUGCGGAAAUGCUGGAGUUGAUCCUGGAGUACGCGUACACACGUGACGUGCACGUGAACGAGGCUAACGUGCAGGAGCUCCUCCCAGCGGCCGACCAGUUCAACAUCAACGGCAUCGUCAAAGAGUGCUGCAAAUUCCUCAGACGUCACUUGAGCCCUGAGAACGUGAUCGGGAUACGAGAGUUCUCCAAGAGCUACUUCUGCCCUGGGCUCGAGAAGGCUUGCUAUGACUUCAUCAUCACCAAGUUUCCGGAUGUCAUGGCCGGUGCCCCCAAUGAAGAACUGCAACUCCUUUCCGUGGAAGACUUCGAGAACAUCUUAGCGGACGACUACUUAAACGCCAAAGACGAAGAGUUUGUGUUCGAGGGUCUAGUACACUGGGUCAACUCCGACUUCCCAGCGCGAGUAGAGUACGUUCCGAGACUGUUCCAGAAGGUCCGUGUGGGCCUGCUCAAUCCGGACUACUUCAUGAGUAAAGUAAAGACCCACGAACUCAUCAGGGAUAACGACGCCUGCAAACAGAGAGUCGUGGACGCCGUCAAGUUCUUCUACGACUUGGAGCUCAGCAACCAGUCACUCACUGACUUCAGCCACCCGCUGGCCAUCCCGAGGAUACCGUACGAAGUGCUGUUCGCCGUCGGGGGGUGGAGUGACCGCAGCCCGACUCCUGUUGUCGAGACGUACGAUACCCGUGCCGACCGCUGGGUGGACGUGGAACCAAGAGAUAGCCACCCCAGCAGGGCGUACCACGGCAUCGCCUGCCUGAACCAGAAACUGUACGUGAUCGGUGGGUUUGACAGUGUGGAGUACUUCAACUCCGUGCGGUGCUUCGACCCUGCGAAGCUGUGCUGGUCGGAGGUGGCGCCCAUGAACUGCCGCCGAUGUUACGUCAGCGUCACGGUGCAGGGAGGACACAUCUUCGCCAUGGGCGGGUUUGACGGACAGGUGCGCACGAACGCAGCGGAGCGCUACAACCCCAACAACAACCAGUGGAGCCUGAUAAGACACAUGACGGCACAGCGCAGUGACGCCAGUGCUACGGCAUUGGGGGGAAGAGUGUACAUCUGUGGCGGGUUUAACGGUCAGGAGUGCCUGCAGAGCGCGGAGUACUAUGACUCCGCCGUGAACGAGUGGAUCUCCAUCGCCAACAUGCGCAGCCGCCGCAGCGGCAUCGGCGUCAUCGCCUACCGACACUACGUGUACGCCGUGGGGGGCUUCAACGGCGCCAACAGGCUCAACACUGCAGAAAGGUAUGACCCGGGGUCUAACCAGUGGACGAUGAUUCCCAAUAUGUACAACCCGCGCUCCAACUUCGGCAUCGAAGUGAUCGACGACAUGCUGUUCGCGGUGGGAGGGUUCAACGGCUACACCACCAUCUGCCACGUGGAGUGUUACGACGAGAGGACAAACGAAUGGUAUGACGCCACGGACAUGAGCCUCUACCGGAGUGCCCUGAGCUGUGGCGUGAUGCGCGGCCUCCCCAACAGAGAAUACUUCUCAAUCAAGAAAUUCAGCAAGUCGCCGCCGGAGACAACCAAAAAGGGAGAAAAGCCACACGUACCCACCCGGACACAGUCUGUCACUACACAUGAAGCCAUGACUACGGACGACUGAGAAAAGAAAAAAAAAUACUUCACCUGUAAUACUGAACUG